AUGAAAGUUACAAGACUUCAACUCGGUGUGUAUUCUAUUCAAGGCAAUCAGCAACCUUUUUGUUUGUAUUUAUUCCCUCUGGUGGCUUCUUCACCCCAUGGUCAAGAUAUAUCUUCAAGAACAACUAUAUAUUCUCCAUUUUAUCGGCUAAGGGACAUCGAUGUUAUUUUCUUUAAUUCGGAAAAUGAUUAUGUAUCAAAAUCGGGUCAAAUCCCUCAAGCUUAUAUAGAAACUCCUGGUUACUGUUUUCAUGAACGUUCUGGUGACAUAUUUUUAUCUACCAGAGCUAUAAGUGAUACUGCUACUCGGUUAGGAAAUCUUCUCUUAGCUGAAUUUGCAAAAUUAGGAAAAUCUGAUAUAAUAUCGGGUGUAGCUGAUCGUUAUUUAAGAGAAGUUUCAAUAAAUUUAAUGACUCGUGAACCUCUUAUAGAGUCUGAGUUUGAAUUUUUCAUCGCAGAUCCUUCUUCAAAAUCUGCAAUUUCAUAUUCCCCUUCUCAAAUUCCCCAAAUCCAAUCAAGCCCAAAAAGUGUUACAAAUUCUCCUAACUCUUCUCAAAUUUCCGGAAGAAAACGUAUGUCCCUCGAAGAAGUUCUAGAUAAUGAUAACAAUAGAGAAAAUGAUCGAAUAUACGAUCAAAAAAUUUCUUUACAAUCUGAACACACAACUUCACCUUUGGAAUCUGAAAGAUCUAUUCAUUCAGUUCAUUCACCAGGUUCUCCUCACUCCCCAUCUGCACAGAAUUCCUCAGGUGAUAUAAUCACAGACUAUGACACUAGAAUGAGAAAGAAAAGGCGCUUUGCUAUCGGUUCUAAUAAUAAUAUCGCUCCUAAUAAUCCGGAAGUCAUGGAACAAGUAAGAAAUUCACUAAAGUUAAAACAGCAACAAAAGGCUAUAAUAGAAGCUAGACAAUAUCAAGCUCAUCAACAAAUGUUACAGCAACAAAAUUAUUUUAAUGAUAAGCAACAUCCCGUUACUAGUAAUCCUUUGCCAUCAAAAUCAACUUCCAAUUCUUCAAAAGUAGUUUCUCAAAAUGCUUUAGAUUUGAAUAGAUCAAUUUCUUCAAUGUCAAAGCGACAUUCAGGAAACAAGAGCAAUCGUAAUUCUAGGAAUCUUAGCGUAUUCGCUUCACCUUAUACAGGUUACAAUCAUGGUCAAAGAUCUGCUGGUAUGCCUGCAUCUGCCCCUACAAUAAAAUCUGCUCCAAGUAGACAAAGUGUUUUCGGUUAUCCAUUAUCUACAAAUUCUGCUUUUCGACCUACACAUUCUGCGUCCUUCAAUGCUAAUAUUAAUGGUCUUAUAUCUCCUCAUAAUAUUCAUAAUAUUGAAGAUGCUAGCCCUAUGAUUAGCCCGGCUGCCAGUAUCCGAUCUAAUCCUUCUAAUCUCAAUAGUCCUACAUCUGUUUCUAAUGAAGAAAGGCCUUCAAAAGAAUCUUUUAUUAAUCUAUUUGAUAAUUUCUACGAUACGGUUUCUGAUACACGUUCUCUUAAGACCACUAACG